AUGAAAGAAAAAGCUGUGCCUCCGAAUCAUCUUGUUUUGGCUUUUUCCUACAACAUCAUUGGUCUUCUGGCUAGUAAUAUGAAAAAUUACUCGGAAGCACUUGAGUUUAACGAAAAAGCAGUAAAAGUAGCAGAGGAAUCUCAACCUCGUAAUCAUGUUAUUUUAGUUCUUGCGUAUGAAAGUAUUGGUAUAGUGCAUGAAAACAUGGGUGAAUACUCGAAAGCACUUGACUAUUACGAAAAAUCACUUAAGAUAAAACAAGAAUCUCAACCUUUGGAUCAGUGUAAUUUGGCUGCAUCUUACCACAGCAUCGGUUGGGUGUAUAAUUCGAUGGGUGACUAUUCCAAAGCACUUGAAUUUAACGAAAAAGCACUUAAGAUAAGAGAAGAACUACAGCCUCCAAAUCAGCGUGACAUGGCUCAUUCGUACAACAACAUUGGCAUAGUGUAUAAUAACAUGAGUGAAUACUCAAAAGCUCUCGAUUUUCACAAGAAGGCAAAUCAAAUCUACAAAAAUGUUCUUCCUCCAAAUCAUCCGGAUUUGGCUACUUCGUACAACAAUAUUGGUUUGGUGUAUGAUUCGAUGGGUGACUAUGGAGUCAUUGAAGUAUUACGUAAUUAA